AUGCCCACUCACAGGCAGGGCUGGACUGACAACUCAUGGGCAAUAGGGGAUCAUGGGGCCCCUGUGUCCUUGCUCAAACUCAAAAAAGCCUAUGAAAAAGGUACCAGGGGCAUCUCACGGGGCCCCCUACUGACCCUGGGCCCUCAGGCAGUGCCAGAGUUUCCAAAUGGUCAGUCCGCCCCUGCUCACAGGAAAAUACCCUGCAUGGACUGGGCCUUGAUUUGGUAGUCUAUAUAUCAAUAUAACAUAAACUAACAUUAGAGGCAGUUUUCACUUGGAUUCCCCGCUUUAAAUGUACAACAUCCACUUGAUCUUGGGUUUUAUUUUA